CCUCACAUCCAGGUCCCUCACGUCCCUGUCCCCUCACGCGCCUGUCCUCUCAUGUCCCUGUCCCCUCGCAUCCCGGUCCCUCAUCUCACCGCGGGGAAGAAGUCAGCCCUGGCCCCCAAAGCUCGCCCCGCCCGGCCCCCGCCCCUCCCCCCUUCCCGGUCCCCGUCCCUGUCCCUGCGUGGUCUCUUGGAGCGUUUAAUCAUUUAAAAAAUCAUAAAGCAGUUUUGUAACUGCCACACUCGCACCCUAUUCUAGAUAGCUGACAGGCCCCUAACCCUUAAGGCGUUUAAAGCACUUUAGACUUUAUUUCUUGGUCUCUCUCCUCUAUCGCAAAGCCUUAUUUUUCAUAUUUGGGAGCUCUCCUGGACGCUAAUGAAACCCCCACUGCCCGGAGCGCGUUUUGAUUUGGGUAGUGCGCAGUUACCUCAAGGAUGUGACCCCCUGCUGGGAAUAUUGCAAGAUCUUAAAAGUUUCAAUAUAAGGCAGAGGUGGCAGAUGAUAUAAAGGAAGCACUGAGACUUGCGGCCACAUCUCAAAUUGGAAAAUGGAACAACCAUGUUUGUUACGUGAAGACCAAGACCCAGAACCAGAACUACAGAAGAGUGCAAGAGAAACCAAACCAGAGGAUGAUGAAGAUGCUGAACUGAUCUUUGUUGGGGUGGAACAUGCAAAUGAAGAUGCUGAGCUGAUCUUCGUUGGCGUGAAAUCAAAUUCAAAACCAACUGUUUCAAACAUUUUGAACAGAGUCACUCCAGGUUCGUGUUCAAGGAGAAAAAAGUAUGGUCGUUUCAGAAAAAAUACUGCUAAACGAUUGCAAGUUGAGUCUACAAGUUGUGUGAGCUCUCCAUCUGAAACAGUGACUAUCUUAUCCGAUUCUUCACCUGAAUCAAGAUCAACAGAUAGUCCUAUUAUUAUUGAACCUUUGUCUAAAUUUGUUGAUAAAAAUAAUUCUUCACAAGUUGUGCCUAGUAGCUCUUCAGAGUUAGAUUCUCCUUUGGUUAUAUUAACAAGUUCAUUGCAGCAUCCAGUAAAAACAGUGCUUUCAGUAGACGAUAUGAAUGAAAGUCCCUGUGUAUCAAAGCGAUGUUCUACUUCCGAAGUAAAUAGCAUAAAUCCUAAAAGUCCUAAACUAAGUGAUGGAAUUGUAGGAGGAAUUUCUUCAGCCCUGUCUGCUUCAGUUAAUUCUCAUACCUUGGCAUUUCAGCAAAGUACACCCUCAAACGAUGUUCAUACCUCAUUAAGUCAUAUACAGAAUAUAGCACCUUUUCCAGCAGUUUUUCCAAAGGACAUUGUCCAUUUCAAGCCUACAAAUAUAAAUACUGAUACGGAAAAUGGAUUGGUGAAAAUUUCAAGUCUAGCAAGUCAAAAUAAGAACUGUGAUCCCAAGAAAGGAAGUCUGAUCCUGUUACUUAGUGACUUUUACUAUGGACAACAUAAAGGAAAUGGGCAGCCAGAACCGAAGACUCACUCAACCUUUAAAUGCCUCAGCUGCUUGAAAGUUCUGAAAAAUGUUAAGUUUAUGAACCACAUGAAACACCAUUUUGAACUUGAGAAGGAAAAGGGGGAUAGCUGGGAAAAGCACACUACCUGCCAGCACUGUUAUCGGCAGUUUCCCACUCCCUUCCAGUUGCUGCGUCACAUUGCAAGUGUACACACUACCGAGGAGCCCUCUGCUGUCUGUAAAAUCUGUGAGUUGUCAUUUGAAACAGAUCAGGCUCUUCUACAACACAUGAAGGACAAUCAUAAACCUGGAGAAAUGCCCUAUGUGUGCCAGCUUUGCAAUUAUAGGUCAUCGGCCUUCACUGAUGUGGAAACACAUUUUCGAAUAUGCCAUGAAAACACUAAGAAUUUACUGUGUCCAUUUUGUCUCAAAAUUUUCAAAACUGCAGCACCAUAUGUGUGUCAUUAUAGGCGACACUGGGGAAAGAGUGUUAACCAGUGUUCUAAAUGUCGGCUUCAGUUUUUAACUUUUAAGGAGAAAAUGGAGCAUAAGACUCAGUAUCAUCAGAUGUUUAAGAAGCCUGAGCAACUAGAAGGAUUGCCUCCUGACACGAAAGUUGUUAUUCAGGUGUCACUGGAACCUAGUCUACCAGGCUCAGUGAAAGUAGCAUCUAUUACUGUGAGCACAAUUGAAUCGGAACCAUCUCCCCUCAGGUCUAAAAGCAGAAUUUCCAAAAAAAUCCAUUCAUUUUAAGUUUUUUAAAACCAAAACUAAAGUUUUCAAUCCAAAGCAAAAACCCCUCUAAAAACAAAAAAUACAAGUCAUACAUUAUUCAGUAGCACCAAACCUAGAAACAAGUAAAUUGAGAUUCUUUUUUUAAAAGUUCAUGGUAAUGAACCUUUUGUUUUUUGAGACAGGGUCUCAUUGUGAAGUCAAGUG